CUCAUAACGACUACGACUCACACAACAAUCACAAUGCAUCAAUUGAGAAUGGUAAUACCAAGGCUACGGCCAACUCAAUUAACCUCUCUCGCCCGCCAAACAACACCUCUCCAAUCCUCAGCCCUUCCCCGAAACUUUCGUCGCUCACUACAAAAGUCUUUACAAGCUCAAGUGAGAUGCUACGCCAAACCUACAGCCAAGAAGCCCAUCAAGAUAGAAGAUGAGCUUAAACGACAAGCUAGAGCUGCUUCUAAAGAUGGCAAGGAAUUUGAACUCCCUGAGAAACUCAUCAUAUAUCAUGCUGGAACAGGCCGCAUCACAUUCAUGGCUAUGCUUAAAAUCACGACGCUCUUCCUCGGCGCAUUCUUCUGCUGUGUCGUAGCACCAAGCUACAUCAAAGCUGAAAAGCCCGAGCUACUCACCGCAGGCGUCGUCCUAUGCGGCAUCAUCCCCGUCAUAUUCGUCACCUACAUAACCUCCCCCUUCGUAACCCACAUCCACAUCCACCUCCCCCCCUACGCCCGAACAUCACGCCCCAUCCUAGAGCGCUUCAUCAAGAACCUCCCUCCCACAACACCGCUCACCCUAACAACCAUGAGCGCCAUCUCCAAGCCUCGCUACAGCAGCAUGCACGCCGGUGAUCUGAGCCCUGUGCGACGCCGUCUCGGCCUCAUCAAUUACGUCCGUGACACCAAGGAAGAGAACGUGAAGCGCAAGUGGUAUAUGUUCCGUGCCGUGGGCAAGUUCUACGUGCAGGACAAGAGGCCGCAGACGAGGGUCCGGUAUCAGAAGAAGACGGAUAAGGUCGAUGGUUGGAUCUGGGAUGUCAUCAAGGAGCGCAUUGAUAAUAGGGCGUUGAAGGCUGCGUCACCUUAUAAGGGAAAUGUCUCGAUUUGAACCGUUUGUCCGGUUCUGUACUACCAUGUAUGCACGAUAUAUCGGAGAAACGGGAAUGCUCUUCGGUUCGCUCGUUGUUAGUAUUGCAAGCCUAGUCUCGUAAAGAAACGGACAGCAUGGCCCAAUGAAUUGAUGAACAGGUAACGCGGGAACCAUUGCUUCGGAGCAACGGGAUAAUCUCCAUGUGGAAGACCAAUAUACAUGAAGUUGACCCGUGCUCUGAUCGGCGUCCAAUGGCAAAUACCUGGUUCAUCAACUCAAGACUUCGUAUCAUGACCCCAGUCAAUUACACACCCCUACAUGUUCGUCACUUCAAUAGCACACAUAUCACCAUUAGAUGAGGAUAGAUCAAUCAAGCUCUCAAACAGUGCGCCCAGUACAC